AACUUAACUCUGUCUGUCUCUGUCUCUCGUGUGCGUCCCGGGGGGGCGUGUUCAACAAAGUGAAGGUCUAUCGUUUGCCUUAUUCUGAGGUGAGGCACUUGCAAAGCAGCUUUCUGCUCACAGCAGCCAUUCAGUCUUUCGUCAAGAUGCAGUGGUUAGUUGUGGUCUGUUGGGCUCUCUUGGCCCUGGUUGGUGCAGAUGAGUGCCCAGAUGGAGGAAGCUGUGAAGUCGGUCAAACCUGCUGCAACGACCCGACCAAUGGCUAUGAAUGCUGCCCGUUUGAUCAGGCCGAGUGCUGUGAGGAUCACAUACAUUGCUGUCCUGCGGAAACGGUCUGCGAUACAGCCACAUCCAGCUGCGUGAACGCGACUGUGUCCAUCCCCUGGGUGGAAAGGACUCCCGCCGAUCAACCCAGACACUCUAAAUCCUUCAGGAUGAUCAAGACGUACAUGGGGGAGGGUGACGACAACAUCUGUCCCGAUCAGUCACGAUGUCCUCCUGAGUUUUCCUGUUUGAGGGCUUUGACAAGAUUUGGCUGCUGUCCCCUGGCUCAGGGAGUCCCCUGCUCUGACGGGAAACACUGCUGUCCCGAGGGCCACCAGUGCAGUGCAGACAGCCGCUCUUGUCUCAGAACAGAGCUCGUGACCACAGUCCUGUGUCCUGACGGAAAGUCAGAGUGUCCAGAUGGAACCACCUGCUGUGUGAACCCAGAAGGCAAAUGGGGUUGUUGCCCUUUGCCAGAGGCUGUGUGCUGUGAGGACAAGCUACACUGCUGUCCUGCAGGAACCAAAUGUGAUAUCGAACAUUCAAAAUGUAUUUCCUCGUCUACCAACAAAGAGAUGCCGAUGUGGGCCAAACUCCCGGCCAGGAUCAGAGCAGAGUGGGAGAACCAGAAAGAGGUUGAACAAGUGACUGCAGAAUCAGUUGAUGGCGACCGCUCAGAAAAAGCCCCUGAAGCCAACACAGUGAACUCAGUUCCUCCUUCAUCAUCCGUCACCAGGGCAGCUGCAGGUGAUGUCAUCUGCAGUGAUUCAGUAGCCUGUCCAGAUGACACCACCUGCUGUAAGACCAAAGAUGGCGGCUGGUCUUGCUGUCCUCUACCAGAGGCCGUUUGUUGUGAAGACUUCAUUCACUGCUGCCCACACGGUAAGAAAUGUAAUUUUGCUGCCCAGACAUGUGAUGACGACACAUGCUCUGUGCCGUGGGUCGAGAAGAUACCCGCACUCCCCAGGCAGGUCGUACAGGUGGGGAAUGUUACCUGUGACUCCACCUCCAGUUGUCCUGAUGGCACCACCUGCUGCAAGAACAAGGAAGGGGACUGGUCCUGCUGUCCCCUGCCAGAGGCGGUGUGUUGUGAUGACCAUGAACACUGCUGCCCCCAUGGCACCACCUGUGAUCUGACCACCCUCACCUGUAACCAUAACUCAGGCUCAACGCCCAUGCUGCAGAAGGUGCCAUCUUUUGUCACUGGGGCUCAGACUACGACCGCAACUACAGCCAAAACUACAGUGGAGUCUGAGGAGGAGAAGAAACCUGAGGAGGACGAGGUGAUGACGGAGGACAAGGAGGAGAAAGAGGAAGACGAGGAGGAGGAGGAAAGCAAAGACGUGGAGGGUAUGGUUCAGUGUGACGCUCACACCAGAUGCCCUGAGUCCUCCACCUGCUGCUUCAUGAAGGCGUCUCGGAGGUGGGGCUGUUGCCCGCUGCCGAAGGCUGUGUGCUGCGCUGAUGGAACCCACUGCUGCCCCGCCCAGUACAAGUGCGACGAGCGUGGGACCUCGUGCGUCAAGGGAGAAGUGGUGAUCCCGUGGUACACCAAGCUUCCGGCCACCACCAGCAUCCAGGCUGAGCCCAGCGCUGUGAAGUGCGACGACCAGGAGGAGUGCCCCGAACACACCACCUGCUGCCAGCUGGGGACGGGCGAGUGGGGCUGCUGCCCGCUGGAGAAUGCCGUGUGCUGCCCAGAUAAGGUGCACUGCUGCCCACACGGUUACACCUGCGACGUCGCCUCAAACUCCUGUCAGAAGCUCAUCACGCUGCAGCUGGACACUGUGCCCCUGACUCAGGUGUACCUGCCCGACAGCCAGCCCCAGCUCAGAGAGGUCAAGUGUGAUGACCAGCACAGCUGCGAAGACGGACAGACCUGCUGCCGGACGUCCGCUACCACAUGGGGCUGCUGUCCAUUACCUUCUGCGGUGUGCUGCCCAGACAUGCGGCACUGCUGUCCAUCAGGCAGCACCUGCACCGACACUGGAGACUGCACCCAGGACACCGUGUUUCACUGGUCCAACUGGAACGUGUUCGUGGCCAACUCGAAGAGAGCUCAGAUAGUUUAAAAACGUCUCUACAGCGCUGUCAUUUGUUUCCGCCAGCAAUGCACUAAAUGAAAAUGAUGCAGAAGGAUGUUGAGAUGAUUGUUUAACGCUUUUUGGGACACUGUCAAAUUGAAUUACACUUCUUGGGGUUUUGCUGCUCUGUGAUGUUCUGAAGUGCAGCAGCAUUUAGUUGAGAACUGACGUGUUCAUUAAGUGUGAAUAACGCAUUUUAAAAGUCAGGUAGAUUCUUGUUAUUCCAAGUAUUCAGGUUUUUACUUGAAAUUCUACUCCACCAAUGAAGGAAAUCAACUGAAAACACUCCACAGGCAAUAUGAUUUUAUUCUCUGUCAGUCCUCUCUCUCUCUCUCUGUGUUCUGCUUCGGCUGCCUUGUGUUGUCCUUGUGUCCAUCAAUAAUGAGUCGUAAUUUAACAUGCUAUCCUUGAUCACUUUGAUUAUGGCAAAACUUGAACUGCUGCAGGAUUCCACCUCCUGAUGAAUGAAUCUGCUGUUUGUGUUUUGACGUGUUUCUAGCGCCAUCUGUAGGCGGUUAUUCAUUUGUAAUCUCUGGAGUGAUGGUUUAAAUAAUUUGGCAAACAACAAGAGGCGAACACGGAGAAACACAUUCUUGGUUCAGCUUCUUUGUGAGUCAGAGAGGUCUCUGCACAUUCUGUUCUAAUAAAGAUUUGACCAU